AUGGGCGGUGAGACCUCAACAGCAUGCUCCACUCCUCCUAAGAAACAAAUGGCCAAUCAACUGGGAAUUUUGAACUACGUUUCUCCUUCUCCCAUUGUCUCCGCAAAUAAUUCCCAGUUUACCUCUUUUCUCGCUCCACUGGCAGUCCUCGUUCACGACCCUGCAGAACGUAGUACUUUUAAAACCACUGCGACUAUGCUAGCAGUUUAUGAGCUCCUAAUGGAUCCCACCUUCAAGGCCCAACAACAGUCGAGCGAUCGAUUACUCGAUCGGGACUUCGCUGGUUGUUUUGCCGUUUAUCAUCCACGUUAUUACACGUGUUCUUCUGCCGACAAGUACGCUGGCGGUUACGAAUAAACCGUAAUCGGUCCGCGCAAAAAGGAGGGCUUGUUUUAUGGCCAAGGUGCGCCGAUAGAUCGAUUAUUUUCGGCCUGCGCUUGGUCUAUACUACCCAGUGAAUACCAUCUUUGUAAUCAAUAGGAUGACCAGGCGUACAGUAGGUAUGCUAACAUAUCAAAUGUUAACCGAAAUUCCGAAGUGCGUUUUCGUUUCAAGAAGAUUACUAAAGUAGAGUUUUAAAAUUGAUAAUCGUGCAGCAUAAUUCUAAAAUAAUUUAUUUACCUCGAGAUACCGGCUUUCGAACGAACUUCUUUCUGGCCGCAUGCAGAUACCACACUUUGUAAAAAAUGACUGCAUAAGUAGCAUGACAUUUUUUCAUCGAUUUUCGAUGCCCUUGAACAUUCAUUUAUAUUUCAUAGACGACACGCAUAAAAAUAUUCAUUCUUUGCUCAUUUGGUAGAAAAUUACGUUUUCUUCUAAAUCUAUACUCGAACGAAGGGUGUAAUUCUAUUUUUAAAAACCAGUCCAAUUCCCGAUUAAUUUUGAACCCGAACUGUCUUACACUUGGAUUCAGGAUUUACAAACUACAAGCUGUAUAUCCUCUGCCUUUUGAAAACCAUACGUUCCUCUACGGUAUUAGGAGAAAACCAUAAGCGGUUUAUAAAAUUUAGUAGUUGAUUUGAGCCAUAAUGCUAACUUAACGAGCCACAUUGGUAAAGGCAGAGACAUGAUGUCUCAAGAACGGUCAUUUCACGGUAUAAAAAAUUUUUAUAAUCAGAAACUUUUUAAAACCGAAUUAUACCCUGCCUUCGAGUGUAAAAUUGGAAGAAGACGUAAUUGUCUAUUAAAUGAGCAAAAGUAUGAAUGCUUUUAUGCAUGGUUUUAUGAAAUAUGUCUCAAUUUAUAAGGGCAUCGAAAAUCAAUGAUAGAAAUGCAUGCCACAUAAGUAGCCAUUUCCUACAAAGUAUAGUUUUUGCAUGAAGCCAUAAAGAAGUUCCUUCAUAAGCCGGCAUCUCGAGGUCAAUGAAUUAUUUUAGAAUUAUGUCGCAUGAUUAUUCGUUUUAAAACCCUACUUCAGUAAUCUUUUUGAAACGAAAGCGCACUUCGGAAUCUCGUUAACAUUUGAUGUGUUAUCACACCUACUAUAUAACAUGGAAAGAUGGUCAAAGGCGACAUCGCUCCCUCCUCGUCUAUGUCAUCAGGUCCCAGGAGGGAAAUGGCUUAACAAAGAUAAUGAAUGAAACUGUAUCGCCUGACUGAUAAGUAGGUCACCUGAGAUCAGUUCACGCUCGUAGUCACUGGGCCACCAGCAUGGCUGAAUCGUUAUUUCGGCGAAAGACCGACAUCCUAAAGUUGGACCUCAUAUAUGUGCUAGGCUCCACGCACAGCGACCGACCGCGCUUGCGACCACUGAUGUUGAGGGGAACGAAUUACUGCACUAAUAACAGUCAGGCAACUCCGACAAAACAGGUUCUGCAGUCGCAUUCCCAUUCGUCAACCUUCCUCCUUUUUGAUACUGUUUUACAUCAAGCCCUGUAGUCUCGUAACUGCGUUUUCACUCACAACAGAUCAUUUUUCCAGUAGUAUGAGGGACAGGAAUUGAUCAGACUUACCUACUGCUACCCCUUCCAAAUGGGACAGUUUUUGAGCUUGCCAAAUCUGCUCAUGAUCGAGAUGCUGUAAGUCUGUGUUUGUCCUUAACCAGUGUCUUAAUAUAUGCAUGUGGCAAUUGUAGGCAGCGACUUUCACGCCAUGCCCGGACCUACGCCCGCCGUCAACCCCAGUCGGCAAGAAUGCUCCAACAGACAACAUGCACAGAGAAGGGGAAGACAGAGAGUGCGACCAGUUGCCUCGUGCGUUUAGGUGUAGAAGUAUUGCUUUUCUAGAAAACCAGAGCAGAAUAAGUGGGCAGUAAGAUGUAGGAGGAGGAAUGCGUGAGUCAAGGAAACACCAAACCAACGGUUGAGUAAAGGAGGAGAGGACUGCAUGUCGAUACUAGUACAUCUUCCUGCAACUCCCAUGUUAAGAUGGUUCAACGUGCAGAGACUAGGAAAUACUGCCUAGUGGGUCUUAUUAAGGAUUUCGAAGAUGACGGGAUACCCAUUACCCACCCACCACUUACACCUAUGGCUAUUAACCAUUGUUACACUGGUUUUCGUUCAUCCUCAAGAAUUCCCGAAUACGACAGUCUCCAGGACUUACCUCUUUUCUUCACUUUAGCUGAAAGCUGGACUAGCAGGAAAGUGCGCAGUUGGUGGUGCAACAUUUCUGUCUGUAUAAUGAACGCGAUCGAGUCUAUUCCCCGACGUUACUUACGUGAAUUUAUUAAUUAUCGUUAAUGCGCUUGCAGACAUUCGCCUUCUUACGCGCAGUGGAGGCAUUUGAAUUAUACCCUUCCUUUUAGUAUGAAAAAUGAAGACGACAUAAUUCUUUACCAAAUGAGUAAAAUAAGGGAUAUUUUUAUGCGUGUUUUCUAUGAAAUAGAUUUGAAUUUAUAAUGGCAUCAAAAACUAUGGGAAAACUCGUUUUUUACAGCGUAUGAUUUUUGGAGGCGGACGGAAACAAUUUCUUUUAAAAGCUGACAUCCUCAAGUGACUGAAUUAUCUUGGGGUUGUGCUGAAUGGUGAUUAAUAUUACAAUCAUGCCUAGGUAAUCUUUUCGAGUCGAAAACGUAUUUUGGACUAUCUGCCAGCAUUUCCUGAAUUAGCACAUCUACUGCACAUAAAGAUCAGCAAAUAAGAAGCAAUAUGGUAAAAUAUUAUUCAAUUUUCUGCCUAAUACAUUUGCUAGAGAUGGGUGUACUGUAGGAAUUUUGCAGGACGAAACUUUCAAACUGUACCGAUGCGCCGUCACCAAUGGAGGCGUACGUCAAACCUUUACCUACACCAGCAACAAGCGCACUUCACGCAAACCAACAGUUAAUAAUGCUUGGUGUUUUCUCGAGAGAGCGUGGCUAGGAGGAAUACUCAUUCGUUAAGGUUAUUUUUAAUUUGAGCUUGCAUGCGUCUGCCCACACUAUUUGACUAACGGAGCUUCUGAAGGGAACCGACGUCUGUUAGCAUAGCAGCAGGACGCGUAGACGAUUUUAAAAACUAUCUCCUUACAGAGGCGACGUAAGUCAUGAAACAUUAACUGAGAUCCUAAAAUGUGAUUAUGGACAGAAAAGAUCACCUAGGGGUGCUUAUGACCCUGAUUAUGAUUCGUCAUUGUCCAGAAACAUUCCAGUCACGCCAGGAGGUCGACUCUCGAAUGCACGUCCUAAAGACCACCUAGGAAAAUCAGACUAGAUAAAACAGCACCUAGUUAAGCAUUGCGAGUAUCCCCAUUUAUUUGCGAUGCACCACCUCGCCACCUGUCAUUCUCUGUCGCUGCAGAUCGGGUAUUUAUUCAACCAGGAGUGGGCGCACACCGAUCUAUUGGCUUCACGAAGCAAACAAGCUCCGUAUGGGUGGCGAAGGUCAUGAAUAGGCAACCAGAUACCAGGCCAAAGUCGGCCAAGUCAUAAUAGCAGCAAGGAGGGAGGACAGAGAAUGCGGGUAGAUUGAUACAGUACUGUUUCGGACUUAUUGUGCCUUCAUUCAGCCAAUCGUAACCCUGACCACCAGCAGCUGGGACCAGAAACACAAACAUGCGCACAGACGCACCUGGCGCAAUUGAUCCACCACUGGGGUCUACCAGAUAGGUCAUAAACACUUCAUCGAACCGACGUUCAUCAGUGCCUCUCCACCUGUCAUUCUCUGUCGCUGCAGAUCGGGUAUGUAUUCAAUCGUCCCUCCUCGCUGCUAUUAUGACUUGGCCGACUUCGGCCUGGUAAUUGGUUGCCUGUUCGUGACCUUUGCCACACAUAUGGGGCUUGUUUGCUUCGUGAAGCCAAUAGAUCGGUGUGCGCCCAUUCCUGAUUGAUAAAUACCCGAUCUGCAGCGACAGAGAAUGACAGGUGGCGAGGCACUGAUGAACUUCGGCUCGAUGAAGUGCUUAUGACCCCAUCUGGUAGACCCCAGUGGUGGAUCAACUGCGCCAGGUGCGUCUGUGCGCAUGUAUGUGUUUCUGGUCCCAGCUGCUGGUGGUCAGGGAUAUAAUGGCUGAAUGAAGGCACAAUAAGCCCGUAACAGUACUGUAUCAAUCUACCCGCAUUCUCUGUCGGCCCUCCCCGCUGAUAUAUAUAUAUAUAUAUGAAUUUAUGGGGGCAUUACAGAUCCAUGGAAAAAUACAACACUGCUUAAGCAGACUCAGAAAUAUUGUUAACUCUCUCUUCUAGUGGAAUUCAUAUGGCCGUAUCAACAAUCGCAAACUGAUGCUAGUGAAGACAGAGACGACUUAUCAUCAGCCAGACACAACCCCAACCUGGGUAGUUAAUGUUGCACAAAAAUACUCCUUCUUACAAGAAUUUGGCAUUAAAUAACGUCUUCUUUACAUUCUACACUCGAUUGCAGUCGACAGAACGUUAGCCUCUGACUUGUCUGUAAGAGCCCUGAGCUCGAGGAUUGCCUGAGACAGGCCUUGAAUCUCCGACCUUUGCGGCCUAGGUUUGGGUUAGGUACAGUUGAUGAUAGCCGGUAAGUCAGAAUCGCUCUUUCUGGUCGCCUCUGUCUUCACCAACAUCGGUUCAGGAUCAUAGUUACCGUCAUUUUCAUUCAACCUGAAGGGCGAGGUAGUAAACAGCCUUUUCAAAAAACGCGAGUAAACUGCAUCCUUCAGUUUGAAAGACGGUAACGAAGUACAGGAUUCAUUUCCUGUUUUGUUUUAGAUGCGUGCGAUAUAAAAAUAGUUCUGUUUUUGAGCAAGGGUAGGAUCUGCCCUAUUCCUAGUGCAUGAUUUUAACUUACAGCAAGAUUUUUACAACACCGCAAACAGGAAGGACUUGGUUCUUUCUUAAACCAAAAAACUGACGGUCUUAUUUUGCAGUUCUUUAGGCAACAACAGAGUUUCCCCUUUUGUAUGCCCAAGUGCACACGCGUUGGUAAAAGUUGCAACUUCCCGUCCUACUGCAGACAUGCUUUGUCAAGGCUACAAAGAGAAGGAAGAGGAGAAGGAGAAGAAGAAGAAGAAGAAGAAGAAGAAGAAGGAGGAGGAGGAGGAGGAGGAGGAAGGGGAGGAGGAGGAGGAAGAGGAAGAGAGCUAA